AUGCUUGAAGAAGCAAAUCCUAACUUGAAGAAUUUCUUUGCCAAUAUGUAUACUAUAUUAAUACCAGACAAUUGUUCACCUUAUAAUAAAAAGGACGAUAAGAAAAAAAUUGGCACAAUAUUAUACUUAAUAGUACGAAUAUGCAAUAAGCAUGCUAAUAAUUUUAAAUUAGAACUUGCUUUGUAUCUUGCAGAAUCUGGAGUAACUUGUGAUGCAAUUAAUAUGUUAAGCAGCACUAGACUUUCGGUUACUCAUCAAACCAUAUAUAACUACAAAAAAAAAAUUGCUGAUGAGUAUUCAAUAAGGCAAGAUUAUCUAGAUGCAUUAAAUAUUAUUUUAAAUUAUAAUAAAGAAAUAGGUCAUCUUGAUGGUAAUAUAGCACCAAUCAUUGCAAAUUGGCCAGGUCAGCGCUAUAUUCGUCAAGCACUUACCUAUUUUCAUAACAAAAAUGAUACUUCAAUAUCAAAAGAAAUAGUAUUAUUUGUUUCUUUACUUGGGCUCUUACACAUUGCUCUUAAUACAAAAGAACAG